GCUGUCACUGCAUGACAUAUUAUACGGUGUCAUUUUUAAUCUUUAUUUUUCAAUAUAUUUUUUACUACUGUUUUUGUUCAAUGGAAGUGGAUUUCAGAGUAUUUGUAUGGUAAAUGAAGGAGAAUGAAGUAGUUAUUCUUGAUAGGGGGGACUAUACAACAUGUGCUGUUAACUUACAUGGAGCUGUCGUAACAUCCUGGAGGAUCAACAACAAAGAACAAAUUUUUGUCAGUCGAAAAUCUUCCUUAUUUUAUCUGAGUGAAAUUCGUGGUGGAAUUGGUGUAGCUUUUCCUAAGUUAGGAACAUGGGAAUUCGGAAGACGACAUGGCUUUGCUAGAGAUCUCACUUGGAAAAUAAAAACUGGUCCAACAUAUAACAGAAAAGAAGACGUUUAUGCGGAAUUCGUAUUGGAAAGCGAUGCUUAUACAGAAUCUCUAUGGAAUUAUCAGUUCAAGCUGAUGAAUAGAGUUACCCUAGGAAAAGAAACUCUUUUCAUAGAGUUCCACGUGGAAAACAGAAGCAAUUAUUUACCAUUCUACUUCGACUUCAUGCUACGAUUUCUGAUGAAAAUAUCGGACAUUUCCAAAUGCAGAAUAAUAGGGUUGAAAGGUUGCCAAUUCCGAGACAGACUCGACAAGAAAAAAAAAUAUUACAAUGAAGACAGAAGUGAAAUCACUAUAUCCAAUCCUGUUGACAGAUUAUACUUGAACUCUUCGACAACCAUAUACGUUAAAGACGGGGAUUUCGGGAAAGUAACGAAGUUACGAAGACGCAACCUACCAAACUUGAACUUAUGGAAUCCUUGGGUGGACAUGGCUCGUGAACUACCUGACCUAGGUGAUGAAGAAUACAGAUAUUUCAUUUCUCCGGAAUCAUGUUCUGAGGGAGUAUUUCUACCACCCAUGAGUUGUUGGAAAGCAUCCCAGUUAAUCGAUGUCACGGAACCCGUGGAUCAUCAAAGCACAUGUUCGUUCUACGAUAUAUUCGAUGACUAUUGCUAGCUUGAAAUAAGGAAUUAUUGCGUGAGACAGUAUGAGAAAUAAAAAGUAUGAUGAUGUAGAUAGCCAGCAGUUUUUUCAACACGGCAAUCAAUAUAGGAAUGAUACAAAAUA